AUGCCAAUCCACGGACCCCUGGCAGACCCUUUGGGCCGUCACUUAGGCCCCCUCAAGGACAACGCCCAGCCGCCCGCUGCGGCUGCGGCUGCAGCUGCGGCAGCUGCUGACAAUUCCUCGUUCACUACCCCAGGCAGCAAGGGCAAGGCGUGGGCGUUAGCUGGGCUGAGCAGGAUAUCGCAGGUCACAGGUGCUGGCAGGAAGGGCACCAGUGCUGGUGGCGGCAGUGGCGUCUCGUCUCUGCCCGAACCUGAGAACGCGCCGGACCUGUUUCGCCUGCUUCGGAACUACCCGGAGCUGGACCUCGGCGCUGUUGGUCUGGCAGGCAUUGAUGUGAAAAAGAGGUAUUUCCUGGGAGAGCAGCUGCGCAUCGUGAGGGCAGCGCAGCUGUUCUGGACGGUGGAGGAGGUGGUGGGGCUGCUGCGCAACGCGUACUGCCGCACGAGCACAGUGGAGUGCGCGCACCUGGCGAGCAGGCAGCAGAAGCGGUGGGUGCAGGCUGCCAUGGAACGGCCUCCCUUGCGCCAACUCUUCUCACCAACCCAGCAGCGCCACCUGCUGCACCGCCUGCUGUAUGCCGACGCCUUUGAGCGGUUUCUCGCGCGCAAGUUUCCUUCAGUGAAGCGGUUUGGCAUAGAGGGCGGGGAGGCGCUGGUGCCGGGGCUGCUGGCUCUGCUGGGGCGGGCUGCUGGCAGCGGCGUGAAGUUUGUCGAGCUGGGCAUGGCGCACAGAGGUCGACUGAGUGUGCUGCACGCGGUCCUGGGAAAGCCCCUGACCUCCAUCUUGUCUGAGUUCAAACCACCUGAAGUUUCACCUGAACUCUCGGAGCUGCUGCAAGUGGGCGACGUCAAGUACCACCUGGGUACCCGUUCUACACUCGAGUUUGAAAGCAACCAGGUGCAAGUGUCCCUACUGCCCAACCCCAGCCAUCUGGAGCUGGUGGACCCGGUCGUGGUGGGCAAGGCUAGAGCCAAGCAGCUCUUCACCAACGACUCCUCCAGGCGCUCCGUCAUGGGUCUCAUUCUGCACGGAGAUGCAGCCUUCAGUGGCCUUGGCCUCGCUCCUGAGGUGCUGCAGCUGUCGGACCUACCAGAGUACACAACGGGCGGCACGAUCCACGUGAUCAUCAACAAUCAGAUCGGAUUCACCACUGAUCCGAAGCUUGCUCGCUCCUCCCCCCACCCCUCUGACUUCGCCAAGGUGAGGAGGGGAGGCGGCAGAGAAGCAGGGUUAGAGCUAACCGAGUAG